AUGGAGAUGGAGGUGCAAGAUGUGACUGUGCCCGACCGAGUGCGCAAGCGCCGCCGUCGCACAAUGGCAUGCACGCAAUGUCGCACUCGCAAGUUACGCUGUGAUCGCGAGUAUCCCACCUGCACGCGCUGCUUGAAGAGCAGGACGCCGAACAAGUGCACCUACGAGGAUGGCUUCCUCUGGCAGCAGCCAACAACGGUGGCAACGACCUCAUUUGCUCCGGAGCGAGGGCCCACCACAAUGCCCCGAGCUGACCACACCCCUCUCGAUACCCCAGACUCGGGGAUAGCGACGGGGUCGGCUCGGACGGAGCCACUGCAGGCCAAUGACCCUGACGCGGGCGCUGUAUCGCACCAUUUGCAGCACAGUAAUCAUCAUCCGCAUCAUCCGCAUCAUUCGCACAAACAUGAUCACCCGUCACAUGCUCUGGCGCCUCAUUUUAGAGGCAAACCGCAUGGUAAGGAUCGCAAGGAGCGAGGCUUUUUGGAGACUGUUCUUGGUGCGCCCAAGGCUGCUGUGAAUCAGGAGCCAUAUGUGAAUACUGGCUUAUUGCAGCGUCCAAAGAGAUCUGCCCCUGAGUCUGAUAUGCAAUCAAUGCGAGUCGAUGAUGAUCAUCAUUAUGAGGACGAAGAAGACACGUUGACGCCGUCGCAUCAGCUGGAUCUUUCGCCUCGUAUCAUGAUGAGAGGUCGGGAAACGAGGACUCGCUUUAGUGGAUCGGGCAUUUUUGCCAAUCUUGUCGCGCAGUUUCCGGAUAUUCGAGCUUUUGCGGAAGAGAUCAAGCUGUCUAACCCGGUCCUCUCUCAGGUUCGACCCGACCUAGAGAGAGUCAAGCGAGGACUAUGGAAGCGCGUACCACUGAACACAGGAUUUCCCGACCCUACCACAGAGUCACUCAUCGGCAUGCUGCCCUCGCGCGGUGUGGUGGAUGAGUUAAUUGGGUUGUAUCUUACUUAUAUCGAAUCUACCCACCGCAUUCUUCACGUCCCAUCCUUUCUGCGAGAGGUAGACGAGUUCUGGGCUAUGUUAGACACACCAGGCGCCGCUUCCCCUGCGUUUGCCACCCAGCUUCUCUUGGUUCUCGCAUGCGCAUGGAAUAUUGCAGACUCUAGCAGUCUGCAAUCCAAGAAUAUGGCGGAACUCAAGUGUUACACCGCUAUUAAUUGGGUUUUACAUGCCGAGAAAUGGAUCGAGAACCUCCACAUCAAGCGCCCAGAUAUUGCUUCAAUGCGCCUGACCAUCUUGUUGAUAUUGGCACGUAAUACUCACGGGAUGAAACGCAGCCAGUCCUGGCUUGCCAUUGGCACUCUGGUGAAACAGGCGAUGAUGGCAGGUUACCAUCGCGACCCAAGCCGAUAUACACGCAUCUCGAUCUUCAACAAAGAGAUGAGACGACGAAUCUGGACUACGAUCGUAGAACUCGAUCUGCAAAUCGCGCUUGAUCGUGGCAUGCCACCUACAGUGCAAAGCUUCGACUACGAUGCAUCUACGGGGUUGAACAUCCAUGAUGAUGAGCUCCAGGAAAACACGACCGAGGUGCCAGAAAGCCGCCCAUUAGGCGAACCCACUGACAUGUCAUUCCAAACCAUUUUAAGUCGAUCACUUUCUCUUCGCCUACAAGCCUGCUCCUUGAUGCACUCCCCCCGAAUCAGCUGUCGAUAUGAGGAUAUACAGCGCCUAGAUUGGGAACUCGACCGGCACCUGUCUCGGGUUCCUGCAUGGAGUUCGACGGAGCCAAACGACCUCAUUACCCAGCACAAAGUCACACUGUGGAAAGCUUUGAUAGAGACCAAGAUCUCCCAUACCCUCCUGUCCGUGCACACGCCUUUUGCCAUUGAGGCCAGUAGAGAAGCGCUUUUCGCACCUUCAGCCCGGUCUCGCAUGGAUGCUGCGACCAGGAUCUUAGUGACACAGCGGCGUCUACACGAGACCUCACGACCGCUUUCGUUGUGUCUGUUUGGUGAAUGGACCCUCCACGCCUAUAUUUCCAUCUGUCAACUUUUGCAUUGCACCGAGUCCGACAACAGUAUGUUCCUUGAUUCUUUCCACGAACCAAAACUCAUUCAUUUAGGUGCUCCCUACUCGCCCACUUCCUCAACCUCCCUCCUUCAAUCCCUCCCUGGUCUCCCCGAAUCACUUCUUACCCUAGUCGAAACCGCCCUAGUCUCCCUCGAAGCCCGAUCUUUGUUGGUGACCAAGGGUGCCAAGGACUAUUUCUUUUUUUCGACCAUCGUCGCGCUCGUCAAAGCCCGCUUAUGGCCUGGGCAAGCAAUCAUGUACAAACAGCAAGUGGUAGAGCGAGUCCUUUCAUUCACGCAGACUCUAUUCUCCCGGCACGCCGGCUGCGAACACCUAGGGCCACCCGGAAUGGGUAAUUUCAAGACCAACCAGGUGGCUGCAUUCACUGCCACCCCCGGGAUGGUACCCCUCAUGCCGGCAGACCUCGAGGGAAUGCUCCCUCCGCCCCAUCUGGGUGUAACGCCACCCGGAGGAUUUGAUCCUUUCUUGGAUGUAUUUGACUGGGAGGAUCUCACCGGCAUGACCCUGCCGUGUUGA